AAUUAUUAUUCGCUGCGUACUUUCACUUUAGUUCAGCUCUACCAGCAAAGAGGGGUCAGACGUCGUAACUACAGUAAAAGGAAGGCUCGAAGAAACAACAUGAAGUUUCUUUUGUUCCUGUCCCUGGCAGCUUUCUACUGCGCAGUAGAAUCCAAAUACACUCCACCCAAGGUUCAGGUGUACAGCCGUGACCCAGGGGAGUUUGGAAAGGCUAACACUCUGAUUUGCCAUGUGAGCAACUUCCACCCCCCUGCCAUCUCCAUCCAGCUGAUGAAGGAUGGGGUAGAAAUCCCUGAUGCCUUGCAGACUGACCUGGCCUUCAAAAAAAACUGGCACUUCCAUCUGACCAGAAAUGUUGCCUUCACACCACAGGAUGGAACCAAGUACACCUGCAAAGUCACCCAUGGAGAGAAGGCGGCCGUGGACUAUAUUUGGGAGUCAAAGAUGUAACUCAGUGGAGUCCCAGAUUGAGCAGUGAUGCCCGAGACUGUCUUCGGUGAGAGCGACAUUUGAUUAGCAAUUCUUUUUAUCUGACAAAGUUAGUAAGGGUGAUUGUUUUACUUUGGUAACUAACUUUUUCAGAUAAAAAGAAUUGCUAAUCAAAUACAAGAAAACAACAAAAUGGACAUAAUCAACCUUCAUAUCUUCAAUCAACAGAAUCAUAUGGGUUUUUUUUUUCUGACUUUCACACUUUGUUUCUCACAGUAAAUACCAGUAUCAUAUUUAGGUAAUGAUUUGUCACUAUGAGUGAAAAUAGGGGCUGCUUGUUAUAUAGCCAAUUAUUGAAGUGUGUUGAGAUAACUUGUGUUUGAUACUCAAAUUUGUGAGUGUCUAAUGCUUAAAUGACACCAUGCUUAUGUUUAUGUCUACAAAUAAGAAAUGUCUUUAAAAUGAAUAUGACAUGACUGGGGUAUUCUUUUCUGAAUCGGAUAGAAGUGUGCUCUGAAAUUUUGAUUUGCUAUUUAAGAUGUUUGAGGACACUUCCUAAAUAAAGAUAUCUUGGAAAAUG